CUAAGCACACAAAAUUGGUUGAAGUGCGUUCGAGCCAGGCACCGAUAGCAACUUUCUGUGUGCCACCUUCAGUGCAGUCUACCUCCGUGGCUAGCGCUACACCACUGCAGCAGGUACCACUGUCAGGGUUACUGUGCGGGUCAACACCAACUCUGCAGGCAGAGGUAAUAUGGACUCUUAGGACAGUAUACGAACACCACUCCUACUCCUCCAAUGAGGGCAUCACCGAUGUAUUCAAAUGCAUGUUCCCUGACUCUCAAAUCGCGGCAACAUUUUCAUGCGGGAGCAACAAGACAGCGUAUCUUACGAAGUUCGGUCUCGUCCCUUUUAUCAGUAAGGAGCUCACCGAGCAGGUAAACCAGGCUGUUGGUUUUGUGCCAAUGUUGGACGAAAGCCUCAACAAAAGCACAAAAACCAAACAGCUUGACAUCCAUCUCCGCUACUGGGACGGUGACCGUGUUCGAUCACGAUAUUUUGGCUCGCAGUUCAUGGGCCAUGCAAAGGCGGUGGACCUUCUCAGUAAUUUCAAGGUAAGUUGCUACAGAUAACAUUUCUGAAGAAUACUUAAUAAAAGAUAAUUCAAUAUGUAAUCUAAAGGUAAAACAGGGAUGUUUUGAAAUUAAAGUCCAUAUAGGCAGAGCAUAUCCGUGCUACAGUGAGGCUCUGCACAAGAGAUAAGCUAGGCUACUUUAUGAAAUGUAAACAGGGCUGUUCAAUUAUUCCCAUGCUAACUUCAGAGCCCGCGCUAAUGCGCUACUGCCAUCUAGAGGAAAUCGUUUUUGUCAAUAUUGAGUCAUCACGUUUUCUUAGUUGCUUACCGUGCAUUACCUAGAUAAGAAUUGCGAUUCUUAAAACAACUGAGCUGAACAAGUUAUUAGCAAUUUGUCUAGUAUAGUUUUGUUAGUAACUUUUCACACAGUCUGGCAACAAACUGCAGGAAUAGCAGUACUGUGGAAUAAUGAAUAGGCCUUCUAUAAUCUUACACAGUAAUAUGUAGUCUAUUACUGUUAAGACUGACAAAAUGUAAAACAAAUAAAAAAAUCUGUUGCCCUUUCAUAUGAAAAUGUAUAUAGUGUAAACUGUUAUAUCAGCAACUUGUUCAAUCCAAUAUUCCCCUACCCAAAGCAUGAUACAAAUGGUUAUAGAGCACUUUUAUAUUGUAUGACAGAAUACUGCAAAGGUGUUUGAAUUUUGUUUCUGAUAUUUCUUGUAGGAGUGUUUACGUGACCUUGAUUUGAAGAGGAUGGUCUCUUUGUCCAUGGACGGACCCAACGUCAAUUGGCGUUUUCUUGAGAUGCUGCAGACGGAGCAUGCUGAGCAUUUUGGGGGUGCCCAGUUGGUUGUAGUGGGAAGUUGUGGGCUACACACUCUACAUAAUGCUGUCAAAUGUGGAUUCACUGAGUGGCAUAUGGAGAAGUUCUUAAGAGCUCUUCAUACUAUUUUUCACAAUGUGCCAGCAAGAAGGGAGGAUUUUUGCAAUCUUACAAAGUCCAAAACCUUUGCUUUGCCUUUCUGUGGUCACCGCUGGAUCGAGAACCUCCCAGUAGUGCAGAGAGCCAUUGAGAUCUGGCCUGACAUGAAGAAAUAUGUUGAUGCUGUUACAACCAAGAAGCUCCCAAACCCUGGAACGUCUCCUUAUGACACCAUCGAGGUGGCAACCAAAGACCCUCUUAUUUUGGCAAAGCUGCAUUUUUUCAUGGCAGUUUCACGAAGUGUGACACCCUUCUUGACAAAGUAUCAAACGGAUGAACCUGUGCUUCCAUUCUUUGCCAAUGACUUGGCUGAAUUACUGAAGAAUUUGCUGAGGCGAUUCAUCAAGCGAGAGCUACUGACUGAUGUCACACCUCAGCACUUGGUACGGCUUGAUGUCACUGACAAGCAGUCGAGGGUGCAUCCAAAGGCAGUGGACAUCGGCAUUGGUGCAGAGACUGCCAUAAAGGAACUCCAACAGCGGAGUAAAUCCUCAGAGGAACUUUCCAUCCUACAUUUUCAAAACCAAUGCAUGGAGUGUCUAUCCAAAAUGGUCCAGAAGAUUCAGGAGAGGAGCCCUUUGAAGUUUCCGAUUGUUAGACAAUUAACUUGUCUGAACCCAGCCUUUAUGUACAGCAACCCUGAACUGUGUCAGAAACAGAUGAAGAGCAUAGUCAGGAAGUUUCUACAAGACAGACAGUUGGAUGGAGGAGUUGCUGCUGGUGAUCUGAUCACCCAGAAGUUCUCAGAGAUGCUGUCCCUGGAGGUCCGAACUGAAGAAUUUCAGUCCUUCCAGCCAUUCAAGAAAAGACUGGAUGUCUUUCUAAGUAACAUCAUCAGUGAGACCUACCCACAACUUUGGUCCUUUAUCCAGAAGCUUCUACUUCUAUCACACGGGCAGGCAACAGUUGAGCGGGGCUUUUCGGUGAACAAAGAAAUUGAAACUGCUAACAUUCACGAAGACACCGUUGUAGCGCAGAGAAUCGUCUGUGACUACAUCUCUCUCCAUGGAGGGGUUACCAAGGUCCCCCUCACGCCAGCCCUGCUUUCCUCGGUCUCAUCUUCCAGAGCAAGAUAUAGAAUUCAUCUUGAGACGGAGAGAAAAAAGAGAGAAUCUCAAGCAGAGUCAGAAAAACGAAAGGCCAUUGAGGAGAACCUGGAGCAACUGAGAAAGCACAGAAGAUCCAUCAAGGAGGUAGCCGAACAUCUGCUCAGGGAUGCUGAUAAGUUGGCAGACCAGGCUGAAGCCAAGCAAGCAGGCAGCAAGAUGGCGGAGCUAAUAGCAAAAUCGAAUGCCUUUAGAAGGAGCCACAAGGAAAAGAUGGCUGAACUCAUUAAACUGGACGAACAGAUUGCUGCCAAAAGAGCUGAGCUCCAAAAGCUGUAGGAUCUAUUGAAAUGCACACAGGCACACCCACAGACGAAUGCAGGCACACGCACACACAAACACACACACACACGUACACCCCUCACAGUUAUUGUUUUAAAUUAUUCUGUCUUAGGACUUAAAUACAGUGUAGAUUGCAACAACCGCACACAGGCACACCCACAGACGAAUGCAGGCACACGCACACACAAACACACACACACGUACACCCCUCACAGUUAUUGUUUUAAAUGGUUCUUAAAUUAAUGACUUAAAUACAGUGUAGACAGGCUGUAGGUUACUUUGGGAAAAAACAUCCAUACAAAGGCGCACCCACAGACGUGUGCAUGUGCAUACAUGCACUCCUCACACAGUUAUUGUGUUUAAAUAUGGUGAAUGUUAUGUUGAAGCAGAUCUUUGAAAGCUGUUGUCCUCAGAGCAUAUUGUUCAUUAAAGUUAUUUAUUUGAU